GUGUGGAGUUGAAGCCGUCCCUGCGCCUCGCAUAUACUCUGCAUAUCACAAGAUUUGGUCUCUCCUCUCUCUUUUCUGGAGCUGCUGUAGGACUGGCUAUGGCCACCACUACUUCCGGGAUCCGUCAUUUCAUUCGCCCACCGCUCAGCGCUGCGAACUGACUCUGUUUCUAUAAGCAAGCUAGCAGCCAACCUGCCAACACUCGCUGACACUCACUCAUCUCAGUUUCGCCAGAUAGACGAAAUACCUACGGGGGAAAGAAAGGAGAGAUCCGAAUCGCAAUCUCUUAAUUUCUUCUGCUUUUUUUUCCUUCUUUUACAGUGAUAAUAAAACAAGAUAGCGAUCUGGAGGCAUUAAAGGAGACGCGGACUUGCGGGAUGAAAACGGACUAAAAAGAUUCGUCCUUCUCUUGAACAUCAUCACCAACCGUCAUUCAUUCAUUACCUUGACAACCUCUGGCUUUGAUUGACAGCUGGAGUGGCAAAAAGCCAUGAGACACGACAGUUUAGUUACAUGCAGGUUGUUGAUGGGCCGAUUGUAACCUUCACUUUGGCGCAUUUUUUGAUUUUUUUGCGAGGAAAAGGGGGAAAACAAGAAAAAUUGCAAAAGUCCCCCAUGCUACGAUUUCAACUGAACCACACUGGCGAAUAGGAGAAGUCGCAAAGUUGGUUGAAAACGGAAUCUUGCCACUAAAUCACUUUCUAACCGGGACUGGGAUAUUAAAUAUACGACAGAUUCAGGAGUUUAUUGGAGCGCAGCCUGAUGGCGCAAAGGUACGAUGAGCUGGCCCAUUACGGUGGGAUGGACGGAGUCACGGCGUCGAUGUACGGGGACCCGCACGCUCCCCGGCCGCUUCCCCAGGUCCACCACCUGAACCACGGACCGCCGCUGCACGGCCAGCACUACGGAGCUCAUGCUCCGCACCCAAACGUUAUGCCCACCAGCAUGGGCUCCGCUGUCAACGACGUUUUAAAGAGGGAUAAAGAUCAAAUUUAUGGUCACCCUUUAUUCCCACUGCUCGCGCUGGUUUUUGAGAAGUGCGAGUUGGCGACGUGUACUCCGAGGGAGCCCGGCGUAGCAGGCGGCGAUGUCUGCUCCUCAGACUCCUUCAAUGAGGACAUUGCAGUCUUUGCCAAACAGGUCCGAGCAGAAAAACCUUUAUUUUCAUCAAAUCCAGAGUUGGACAAUUUGAUGAUACAAGCCAUACAAGUAUUACGAUUUCACCUCUUGGAAUUAGAAAAGGUGCAUGAGCUCUGCGACAAUUUUUGCCACCGGUACAUCAGCUGUUUGAAAGGAAAAAUGCCAAUAGAUCUAGUUAUUGACGAACGGGAUGGCAGCUCAAAAUCAGAUCACGAAGAACUCUCGGGAUCGUCGACUAACCUCGCAGAUCACAACCCAGCUUCCUGGAGAGACCAUGAUGACGCCACCUCCACACACUCAGCCGGCACACCGGGGCCCUCCAGCGGGGGACACGCUUCGCAGAGCGGUGACAACAGCAGCGAACAAGCUGCCAAGAAAAACAUCAACUCUCUUCCGCCAUCGUGCAUCUUGAAAGGAGAUGGCUUAGACAACAGCGUUGCAUCGCCUGGCACAGGGGAUGACGACGAUCCAGACAAGGAUAAGAAGAGGCAGAAAAAGCGUGGCAUUUUCCCCAAGGUGGCCACUAACAUCAUGAGGGCGUGGCUGUUCCAGCAUCUCACGCACCCAUACCCGUCUGAAGAGCAGAAGAAGCAGCUAGCCCAAGACACGGGCCUCACCAUCUUACAAGUAAACAACUGGUUCAUUAACGCCAGGAGAAGAAUAGUACAGCCCAUGAUUGACCAGUCAAAUCGAGCAGGUUUUCUUCUUGAUCCUUCAGUGAGCCAAGGAGCAGCAUACAGUCCGGAAGGCCAGCCAAUGGGCAGCUUCGUGCUGGACGGUCAGCAACACAUGGGGAUCCGACCAGCCGGUCUGCCAGGCAUGCCAGGGGAUUACGUACCUCAGAGCGGUCCUAUGGGCAUGAGCAUGGCCCCGCCCACCUAUACCAACCCUCAUCAGAUGACCUCCCACCCCUCCCAGCUCCGACACGGACACCCUCUCCACGCGUACCUGCCCGACCACCACGCCCACCACCCUCAUCAUCCUCACUCUCACCACCAUCACCCACACCCCCACCCGCACCACGCCAUGCUGAUGCAUGGAGGACCCUCUUCGCACCCAGGAAUGACCAUGUCUGCACAGAGACCCCCUUUGCUCACCUCCAUUGACCCCAGUACUGGAGGACAAGGCCUGGACAUCCAUGCCCAAUAGUAUAAGGGAACUUUUUGUUACCACGACAACAGCAGCUACUACAAGAAAAACAGUUUAAAAAAAAAGCGAAGAAGUCAGCAGCCCACAAUAAAUCCUAUUUUGAGACUAUUUUUAAGAAUAAAAAGCGAACCCUUUUGACCAGAAUUUGACACUAAAGAAACACAAUUCCAGAUGAGCUGUGAUAAAUCUUUCUUUUUUUUUUUAAAAGACUUGUCAAUUUUCUUACUUUCAUCCAAACGGAGGACCAAGCUGACAAGAACACUUUGUAAAGUCUUGGGCUUUUGGUAACGAUCAACAGAGGAUGUUUUGACAUACACGUGUGCAAAGAAUGGACAAAUGCACACACACACAAACACACAGACACACUUCAAAAUCACACACUUUUUUGGCACACUCACUCACACACAGCAUCAUAAACAUGUUCAGUACACUUUAAUGUCAAACGCUUCGAAACUAAAAAUCACUCUGGAAGAUUAAAAAAAAAAGAGAAACAACAGAAAGACUCCAAGAGUUAUAACUACUGUAGUAUAAAAAGUAUAGAUAAAUAAGUUAAAACUUGUGCAUUUUUUGUUGAUCACAUGGUUUAUGUUUCCUGAGCUAGUUUUAGAAUUAAAGGUUAACCUUUUCUCUCUCACACUGUGUGUGCUCCUUCCUGGAGGAGAAACUGUCUCGCAGCACAGCACUAGACAAGAAAAAAAAAAAAAAGAAAACAAUAAGAAGAUGGAACAUCUCAAAAAAGGCUCCAAACCACAGAGGGCGAUCAGGUCCUGUCCCUCAUAAGAACAGGGCAUGAUGGGAAAAGGCUGCUAAAUGACACCGGAUCUCUCCAGAAGAUUCAGUUUGAACAUUUGUCAUGCCCUUCUUUUUUCUCUUUUUUUCUUUGGUUCAUGAAUGAAUGUUUCCCUGUAGGUUUUAAAGGAAAAAAAACGUUCUUUGUUUGAAUUGCCCAAGCACUGGAUUGUGUUGGUUUUAUACAUUUUUAUUUUAAUAUUAUUUUAUUUUUUGUACCCUGGACUCUCAUUGGUCAGAGCCUAUUGAAGGAAGCUUAAAAGUGGAAAAGCAACAUCCUACGGCGCUUUCUUCAUCUGCCGAUCAACUCUCUUGCCAUAAGGACAAUACUGACACAAACGUUGAUCCUGCAGCACUGAAGAAGCAUUUGAUGGUUGAUGCACCAAAAAACUUAUAACUUUAAAAAAAAAAAAAAAAACGACAAAAAAAAAAAAAACUUAAAUUAUGAACUCAAUGCUUUUGGGGGGAAAAAAAGCUGAGAGAAUAUUGUAACAAACUUCGUACAGAGUUCAGUCUAUUAAUUGUUUCAUGUUAGAUAUUCUAUGUGUUUACCUCAAUUGAAAAAGAAUGUUUUUGCUAGUUUCAGAUCUGCUGUGGCAUUGAUAUUGUAUGUCCAUGAAUUCCUUCCUUUUUCAGCACGUGUUCCUCACUAGAUGAUAAGAUGCCGUCUCCCUUAAGCUUUGUCAAAAAUACAUUAAAUACUUGUAUGAGGACUGUGACGUAAUGUUUAAAAGGUGUUCAGUCACAAAUGCUGUAAUAAAUAUUUCAUUUUUGA